AUGGACCAAGUACCCCCGGCGAGGCUGCUUUCCGAUCCAACAACCAUCUGCGACGUAGUUUCGAGAAGGUGGGACUUUCCGAGACCGUCAAAAUCCUACAAGCUACUAGAAGCCUUCGGUCCCUGCAUAUCGACCGCUGACAGCGACAAUUGCGCUCGCCAUUGCAAGGUUCUCGCCACGCCGUUUAACGAGAGUAUUAUGAGUCUCGUUUGGUCAGAAUCACUGCAGCAAGCACAAGAUAUGACAAGCACAAGAUAUGGCAAGCUCAUGCUCCGAGGAAGAGUGUGCUUGCUGCUACAGACUUUGCAAAAUCUUUCAAGUUUCAAUCCUUAA